AGGCGCUGCAGCCGCGAGGAGCGAGCGAAGGGGACGCGAGGCGCGGCGCGCACUCACUGCGGUCCCCGCGUCUCCGCCGCAGAGCGCGCUCCGCUCCGCACGCACCUGCCGCCGCCGCCGUCGCCGCCGCCGCUGCUGCGCCGAGCCCAGCUGAGCCGGCCGCGCCGCGCCCCCCGCUCGCGCCCCCGCCCCGGGCCCGGGCCCCUGCAUCCUUCCGCUGCAUCCCAGCCUCCGGGCCCUGUUCCUCCUUUUCCCUCUCCCUCCUUCGGAGCAGCUGCUGGAGCGCGCAGUGCCGAGAGAACCUCCUCGGGCCGAGCUUGGAAGCGGGCGGCGCAUCCCGUCUCUGCCUUUCAGAUAACCUCAGCGGAGGCGCGCCCAGGCCGGCAGGGCCUGGGGCCGCAUCGGAACCGUGGGGGACUGAGCCAGGUGACGGACGGGGCCAGAGACCGGGCGGAGGGUGGUCUGGGGCCGGGGCACUGAUCGCUGCCAGACCUUACGGGCUCUCGCCUGCCCUAGCCUGAGGUCUGUGUGCCCGGGGGGUACGCUGCCAAUCCCUCCCUGUUCCUUGUCCGCCCCCUCCCCUCUCCAAGGGCUUUGGGGGCGGAGCACACACCUGGGCUGGAGCGGGGAGGGGUCCUUGGGUUUCUGCAUCUGGUCCUGGAUCGGGGUUGGGAGUCAGAGGGUUAGGUACCCAGGUUUUGGGAUGGGGGUGGUUCAGGAGCCAGGCAUUUCGUUCUAGGGUCAUGUCUCCUUCAGCUUGGUGACCUCCUUUGCCCUUUGGUCCAGUUUUCAGUUUCUUUCCUCUUCUAUGCCCAAGAGCCCUAGAGCAGGCUGAUGCCCCUUGACUGGUGGGAGGGGAGGGUAACUAGCCCCCCUGCUAAGCCCCGCCCUGGAGCCAUGGCAGCCACACAGUGCCUGGGUGUCCAACUGCCUGGCUGCAGGGACCACUGACUCAGGCCAGAAAGGAAGCCUCCUGCAUACCUCUUCAGACAGAAGGCAGGGGCCCUGGGGGAGGCACCUAUCCCUUGGAGAUCCCCUACCCCUACUCCUCCUGUCACUUCUCCUGAGACUUGCCCUGGGAGGAAGCUGGGGCUCCUGGGGGGGUCUCCCCCCCAGAUCUGUCCCCACACAUUCUCACCGGUUGCCCCUGGGAGGCAGGGGGGCGGCCGGGGACUACCCAAAAUUUGGCAGGACCAGGAUGUCAUCCCCAAUGCUGGGUCCCCACUGGCACCCCCAGCCCAGGGCCCUACCGGCCUAAGUGCCACUAGCCGGAUGCCGGCGCCCCCUGGGCCCGAGGCGAGCGGCUGGCCCGGCCUCCUCAUGUCCUGCCUGAAGGGCCCACAGGUCAUCCUCAAGAUGGAGACCAUGAAGAUUGUCCAUCCUGAGAAGUUUCCAGAGCUCCAGGCGGGUGCCCCCCGCUAUACACCCACCCCCAGGCCUGCUCCCGCCUUGGCCCCCAAGAGAGCCUGGCCUUCUGACACGGAGAUCAUUGUCAAUCAGGCCUGCAGUGGGGAUGUACCUGCCCUGGAAGGGGUACCCCGCACCCCACCUCCACCCAGGAGGCCCCGGAAGAGCAGUGGCGAGCUGGGCUUCCCCCGUGUGGCUCCUGGUGACGAGGUCAUUGUGAACCAAUAUGUGUUACGGCCCGGCCCAGCCGGGGAGCCGCUGGAAUGCCCAACCUGUGGGCAUACGUACAACCUGACCCAGCGGCGGCCGCGCGUGCUGUCCUGUCUGCAUUCUGUGUGUGAGCAGUGUCUGCAGAUCCUGUACGAGUCCUGCCCCAAGUACAAGUUCAUCUCCUGCCCUACUUGCCGCAGGGAGACUGUGCUCUUCACUGACUAUGGGCUGGCUGCCCUGGCUGUCAAUACAUCCAUCUUGAGUCGCCUGCCGCCGGAGGCACUGACUGCUCCCCCUGGCCAGUGGGGCGGUGAGGCUGAGGGCAGCUGCUACCAGACCUUCCGCCAGUACUGUGGGGCCGCCUGCACCUGCCAUGUCCGGAACCCACUGUCCUCCUGCGCCAUCAUGUAGUGCCCUCCCCGCCCCGCUACCUGCCGCUCCCCAUCCCCUAGGACUUCUGCUCCCUCCACAUGCCAGGCAUAGACCCAUGCCAGGCUCCUGGAGCCUCCCGGAGGACUCAGCAGAAAGGGACUGCCACCCAUAUGUUUCCUGUCUCCAUCUGUCCCGGGACCCUCACUUCCUCUCAUGUUCCUGGACGUUUGCUUUUCCUCUGAAGCUGCUUCUCCUAGAAGAGGGGCCACACUGGGCCUUUUGUGCCCCCACCCCUGCCUCACUGCUUCCUGUUCCUCACCCCUUCGAGGAGGGGUCUCUGCAGCCAGUUUUGCCAUUAAAACUCUUUGCCAAAGUUGCCAUUUCAAUUGCUAACUGGAACCAUCUUCAACAGCACAACCUUCCUCCCCAGGUGGACUUAAUCCCCAACCUGUCUCCCCCGUCCCUCCGUCCCCUCCACAGCAGAGUAGUCACGGGGGAGAGGGUCACUGCCUCGUGAGGCCCAGCCCAGAGCCCCUUCAUCUUGACAGGCUGGCGUCCUCCCCAGGAACCCUUCCGCCCAGGGCUGGGUCCCAGGGUCUCCCCUCCAGCAAUGACGAUGCGGUCCUUGGCGUCUCAGGUCAGCGUGCUCCAUUUGUGUGCUGGGCUAAGUUGUGUGUGUGAACUGGGAGAUACGGACAGCCGAGACCACAGGCCUCUCCAUUCAUUUCCAUGUCUGGGCUGGUUCCGUCAUUGAAGGAUUAUUUCCUAGUGGAUGGGGCCACCACAGCCUGGCUCUUUCCUGCCCGGGUGACCCGUCUUGGAGCUCUGGAUCUGCCACUGCUAUGCUUGUACCCAGGGACCUACUGAUCUGGUCUCUUUCCUGGGCCACGUGUGGUAAACUUUUUCAUCUUGGUUCAGCCCAGACAGGUUCAGGGGCAAGAAUAAGGACACUAACUUCCAUUAAGGACAGUUCCUAUUUCUAUAGCACUUUACCGUUUACAAAGCGCUUUCCUCCCAACGACCUUGUGAGGUAGGCAAUGCAAGUAUUAUCUCCAUUUUACAGAUGAGGAAACAGGCUCAGAGGUGACAUGACUUGCCCGAGGGACUUGAACCCCAAUCAUCUAAUUCUACGUCUAGCACUCCUUCCACUACCCCUUGCUGUCCCCCAGGAGCAGGCGGUCUGUAAGUUAUUCCAUAUAAGCUGCUCUGGGGCCCAAUAUUUGCUCUGAUCAGGAAUGCGUGCUCUGCAAACUCAUCUGCUUCUCUGCUAUUGUGUUUCUUUCCUUCUGCCCCAGAGUUUCCUAGUAAAGACUCCUUUUGAAAAA